ACACACAGCCCGGCUAUGUAUAUACGCUAGUCUUACUACACUACACUACUACUACUACACUCUAGUAGAGAAUAUAUAGUCAAAGGCUCUGACUGACCGGCCGGGCAUAGAGCGUUAGACUGUCGAGACGAACGCAGUCGGCAAAAGAGAGAACCACACAGAGAACAACAUUUUGUUGAAAUUCAUUUCCCACCCGACCCGAAUCGAAUUUUAUUUUCGUUCCCACAAAAUUUAGUUUUUUCCCUUCACGACUAAAGAAAAAGAAAAAUUUUUAAUUGUCAAACAUUUCCCGUUUAUUUUUCCCCCACUUUCCCAAACGAAUUUCAAUUUCGUUUCGAAACUUUUUCGCGCCACCCCAAAACUGUUCAAAAAAUUUGUAAUUUUUGAAAAUUCAUUUUUUAUUGGGAGGUUUUUUCGGCUGGGCAAAAAUCCGCGCUAACGGAAUAUCUGUUUCAAAAAAAUUUUGGUUUUUCUCUCUUUGGUCAAUUUUCUCAUUCACGACAUUUGAGUUUAAUUAUUCCGCUCUGAUUUGUCGACUGAAAUUAUUCAAAAAAACGGACAAACCCACAAACCGAAAAAACUGGAAAAGUGAAUUUUUGUUUUUUGGUUGAGCUUCUUUCUGGUGUUUUCGUGAGUUGUUGUUGUGUUGUUGAGUGCUUCGUGAGUGAGAGUGGAAAAAAUCAAAAUUCAAGAGAAAAAGUGAUUUGGUGUGAGCUGGUCCUCUAUAUAGACGGGCGAUCGGCUGGACGACGAUGUAAUCGUCGGGACGAGGAUGUCACUGACGACGACGGACCAAAGAGUCAGCAGCCUCAGCUCCUCCAGUUCUUGUGUCCAUCACUGUUGCCCGGCUCCGUUGAUUGGUGGUCGUAAUAAAAUCAAUCGAGUCGAGUUCGCCGCCCUAUGGCCGGUCGGUCUGCCGCGCUGUUAUGGCCCGUCUAUUUGUGCUCUGAGCAGCAGCAGCAGCUGCCGUCGCAGUUGUUUCCGUGAUGCCGGCCGACAGCCACCGCAAGCCAAGUGUUGCUGGACAGUGUCCGCGCCCCGCGCCGCGACGACUUGCCGACCAUCCCAGCCGGCCGCUCGAUGAUCGGCCCAUGCCGCCCAUCCUCGACAACCCCAACAGCAACAACAACAACAACAACAACAGCAACAGUAUGACGAAUCGGAUGCGAUCGGUGAUUGUGAGCGACACGGGGCCGCCGCCUUUGCCGGCCGUCGCCCGCCGACGAUGGACGGGAUUAGCCGCGGUGGCCGUGGUCCAGUGCUUCUGCAGUAGUGAUCGAUUCAGAAAGAGCGUCCAGCUGCCGAUGGUGCUCCUCCUUUUGGUGAUGUUGUCGGCCCUGCCAAACAGUUGCACCUCGGCCGCCUCUAUCCAGCAGCAGCAAUUGCAGCCGGCCAGCACUUUGGCGGUCGGGCGCAGCAGCCGAGCCGGACAACAUAAUCGCCAUCAUCCGACGACGACGACGUCGAGAUCCGUCGUCCCAUCCAAUCGGCUCCUGACGGAAUGCCCGUGGCUGGAAUGGGAGCCCAACAAUAGCGGCCUGUCCGUCUCCGAGUCGAGUGUGCAGCACCACCAGGCGGACAUGGCCGGCACGCGGGCCUACAUGGCCCCCGUAGUGUUUGAAGGCAAGGCCCGUUCCAGGAGCGACGGGCCCGUCUACCGGGUCACCUUCGACGUUGUGACAGUGUACAAAGGUGAAGUGGCCCUGACCGGCUCCCAAGUGCGCUUAGAAUUUAAAAGCGGAACAACAACAGCAACAACAACAACAGCGGCGGCUAAUUCGAAAUCGCUGCGAUCGUUGAGUCACAAUUCGGCGACGGGCCGUUCUCGGACCUUAUCGGCCGGUCGCCGGAUCAGUGCUAGUAGUGGUGGUGCUGGCCAAAGUCCAGUCCGUCGCCGCCAGCCGGGCCAGGGCCAGCAGCCGCACCAUCACCGUCACCAGCACCACAACACGCGCGAGUGUCUAGUGACGGCCGAGAUCCGGACGGGUCGGCGCUACCUGGUCUUCGCCGCCCAUUGGGGACCCAAUAAUUUCACGGCCUUUGGCUCGCCGUUGGUCCACACCAAGAAGAGCCUCAAAGAUGUGCGGUCGACGCUCUGCCCGCGCUGCGCACGGUCUCCAGUGGCGUACGGACUGGAGGACUCUGUGACGGUCAAGAAACAGCAGAAGCUCAUCCUGCGCUGCCGGACGAGAGGCAAUCCGGUGCCGGGUGUCGUCUGGUACAAGGACGGCAAGCCGUUGAACGCGGCCAGCAAACGGGUCCGCAUUAAAACCAAAAGACGUCGAUCGACGCUGAGAAUCCGCUGCGUCAAGGAAGAGGACGCCGGACUGUACGAGUGCCGGCCAAGCAACGUGAUCGGCACCGGCACGGCUUCGCGAUCCAAAGUCACUGUCGUCAAAGUCACUGCCGGCCCGUCAUCGUCAUCCUCCUCCUCAUCUUUAUCCGAUCCGUCCUCGUCGUCGAAACUGAGUGGCAGCCUGAGGCCAUCCAACGGAUCUUCUUCUUCGUCGUCGUCGUCGCUGUGGCCGCUGAUCGCCCUGCCGUGCCCGAUCGACUCGUUUUGCCUCAACGGCGGCACUUGCAAAUACUACGAGGCCGUCGGCGAGCUCGUCUGCCAGUGCGCCGAGGGCUACAAGGGCCAGCGCUGCGAAAACAAGGACAUUUACAAUUUAGGAAAGGGCGGCAAGUGCAGAGGCGGCGGAGGCCGGAUGGUGGGAACCAAAUGCGUGCCGACGUACGGCGGAGUGGCUGGAAUCGGAGGCGGAACGUCGGGCUCGCUCCUGGGUCCGACGGCGGCGGCCGGCUGGGCGGCCGUGCCCAAUUCCAACAACCAGCUCACCUGGUGGCACUGGAUCCAGGCGUCGGGCAAUAAAAUGAGCGGCGGCGGCGGCGCUGGUGGCGAGACGGACGACGACCAGAAUUGCGGCGGAGAUGACGACGACGAUUAAAUUAAAAACAACAACAACAACAACCCCAAAAAAAAGAACAGAAAAAAACAACUUUUCUUCUUCUUCCUCCUUCAACUUUGACUUUAUUUUCCACCCCACGUCCGGAUGGGGGGGGGGAGAACCUUCUCGACAGCAGCAACGACCGACAGCUGUGAACUGCUGCUGCCCGCCCGCGCAUCACUUUAGUUUUUCUUCUUAAAUGUUCUUCUUCUUCUUCUUUAAAAAAAGCUUCUUCUUCUUCUUCUUCUUGUCCUUUUUCAUCGCUCGGAUCAAUCAACGGUAUUUUCGUCUCGUGUCCAACGAGGAGAGAGAGGCAGGGGGAAGAAACGGACGGGAAGAAAAAAAGGCGCACCGAAAUUUGUUUUUUUGAAAAAGGAAAAAAUUUUUUUUCCCAAUUUUAUUUCGGUCGUCUGCAGCUCAGAGUGCGGACGCACUCCGGAGGCGGUUUUUUCUUUUUAAAAAAAUAAUUAAAAUAAAAUUUAAAAAAAUCGAAAAAAAAAAUUGAAUUCGAAUGGAAUACGAGUAGUCACUUUUUAAAAAACUGCGAAGACGACGAGAUGAAAGAAGCGCGGGGAUCCACACAGCAACGUCCAACGAAAAUGAAAAAAACAUGUUAUAAUAUUAUAAUGUGCUUAUAUUUGUACAGCUAUAGUGUAUACCUGUGUAUACCGUAUUUUACCAAAAUGUUAUUUGGAACCAGUUUCUUUUCCUCCACUCUCCCCACCCCCUUACCGAACAAAUUUUCUUGAUUUCUUAUUAAAUGGCGGUGCAUUCAAAAAAUGUCUUUUCUUAAAUGGUACACACACAAAACUAUUUCCCCCAGUAAAAAUGUCCCAAAUAUUUUUUUUUCUCUUUUUCCGAAAAUUCUCUCAAACCUUCCGAUCGAUUUCGGCCAGUAUUUUGUCUAAAAGAAAAAAAGGGCUUUUGUUUUUUCAAGUAAACAAUAAUCUGUGCAUGUUUGAUGUAACUCCAGCUCGUCCCUUUUUUUCUUCAAAUAAUUUAUAUAAUAAUUGAGCCAAACAGCACAGUUGAUCUAUACUCUUUGAAUUACUCUAUUCGUCUCUGUUGUUGUAAUGACGUGUGUUGUUGCCCAGCUUUUUCUGCCUCUCCUAUAACCGCCACAGCAGCUCCUCUCCGAUCAAGUCGAAAUGCGAAUAAGGAUAUAAUAAUGAAAUGUGUAAAGAACAGACCAUCAGACGAAUCAAAAAAAGAAAUUGGAGAUUUAAAAAAAAAAAAACAUAAUUUUAGAAAAAAAAAAGUCAUAGAGGCUGAAUGUAUUUUUAUUUGAAAUUUUUUUUAUACAAAUUUUUGUUAUACAUAUUAUAAAUAGUAUUUUCAAUUAUUAAAAUUUUUGGGUUCUCCCUUUGAAUUUUUUUUUUGGGGAUUUUAUAAAGAUCGAUUUUUUAAAUAAUUCACCAGCGCGCCACCGCCACUGAUGUUUUCUCUCUCCUUAAAAAAUAAUAAUAAUAUUCCAUUAAUGGAAAAAAAGGAAGUGAAAUUAAUUUCUUGAUGACGCUUUUUUUUUCAUAAUUCAAACAAAUAAAAUAAAAAGAAACAAAAAUUGCGCUUAUAACUCCCCCGCGGAUUUUUGAUGUUCUUGUUGCAAUCGAAAGCUCUCCUCUCUACCACCACCACCAUCAAUUGUCUGAAAUUGAAAAGAAGUUGGAAACAAACAAACAAAACAAAAGAAAGCGAACGAACGAAAAAAAAAAAAAAAUCAAGUAAAACGAAAUUGGGGUUAUCACCUUUUGUUUGUUUGUUUGUUACCUUUUUCAUUUCAACUUUCUUUCUUAUAGUAUAUUUUUUUGCGUUGAAAGGAAGGGGCUUUUUGAGAAACAAAAAGGAACAUGAAGACACACAAUCCGCAGCAAUUGUUUUGUUAGCAUUGUUAUUUUUCUCUCUCUCUCUCUCUCUCUCUCCCGUUCGCUCUCGUGUGUGCAUCGUGUCGUGUGCGGGCGUGUCAAAGUUAACUCUCGUGUAUAGUCAAAACAAUGGCGGCUUUUAUAUAUAUAUAUAUAUAUAUUAUUACUUCAUUUUCGAUAGGAUGUAUACCAACCUUAUAUAUCCAUCGAUCUAUAUACUCCUAUAUUACCAACCCCCUUCGACACCCUCCCGCAAAACAACACAAAUGUCAGCUGUUUGUUCAGUUCAUUAAUUCCAGUAAUUAAAUUAGUGACGGCAGCCAAUAAUGAAAAACACAACCGAAACCAAAUCCAAUCCACCACCAAUCCACCACCAGAUCACUGAUGUUCCAUGUCAUAUAUUUUUUUUUGUCCAAGUUUUCUUUUUAAUUCGUCGCCGUUGGCCAACAUCACACGACAGCACGAAACACACCACACACACACACAUAACACACACACACACUUUUAUAAAUAAUUUUUUUUAAAAGCCUGCACACAUCACAGUUUGGAAAAAAAAGUCGUUUCGAAAUUGAGGUAAUAAUCAAAUAGAAGUUAAUGAAAUUUGAAAUAAAUAAGAAAAUCUAAAAAAAAAAAAAAAUGAAAAUUUUUAAAAUAAAUAAAAAAAAAUCUCCAAUAUGCCAACGCAAUCAAAAUCCGAAACACUCCUGGAAAAUUAAGCCGUUUGUAAAUCAUCGGUAAUCAUAUUGAAAUGAAUUAAUAACAAAACACGUAAAUAACAAUCAAUUUAAUUCUCUCCCCUCCCCCCAACGAAUAUAUAACCGCAUUACACACACACACACACACACACACAACACACAUCUACACAUGCAAUAAUUAAAAUAUAUAACCCUCGCCGUUUUUCUUUACAGGGUUUCGAUGAUUUUUUUUUAAAUUUACAUGUAUACAUCACAUAUUAAAAAGAAACACAUUUUUGUUCGAAAUUAAUUUUCAUCGUCACAGUAAAUAGCAAAAAGAAAUUUCGUUUUAUUUUAUUUUACUUUUUUUUUAGAUUUGUGUUUUUCAGUUAUUUUGUUAUUAUGAUUUUUUCUAUACAAACAAACCCGAUUCUUGUCGUUUGUCGUUGUUGUUAUUGUCCAGAAAUAUUAAAAAAUAAUAAUAUGUUUUUUCUCUC